UUCAUUCCAUUCAUUCUCAAGUGAACGCGAAGGUUGAAUGCAUGUGUGUUGUGUUGACUCAAAACAAAACAUAAUCGUGUCUAAUCGAACUGUCGCCUUUCCAAACAAAAAAUCUCAAGUGAUUUCAAACAUGUCGUUUACUAUUUUUGUUAAAUCAAAAUUCUAGUGUAACCAGAACAUAACAAUAAUUUUUAGGCAAAUAUAAAUUCUCCGCGACAGUGCGCAAAGAAAAUACAAAUGGACGGCUCGAACAUCGAUCACAGUGAUUCAGACUCCGGUGAAAGCUGGACUUUGCUGGAAGAUGCCCCAACUUACGCCGAGGAGGCUCUAGACUACUGCGAAAUAGUUCCCAAACAAGGGGACACCGCGGAGAAUAUCGACAGAGAUGAAGACACCGACGGCAUCUCCGUCAUCACCGACAGCGAACCGGAGUCCAUUCCGUGUGAAAUCACUGACGAAGCGCCCAAACCAGAGAACCGUCCAACAGACUUACCGCAGUUCAUUUCGGUCCCGUUCCCCGACAAUAAACAUGACGAAUCCAUAAGAAGCACAGAUGACCUACUCGGAGACAACAGCAGAAAGUUCAAAACUUACGUCCACAGGAGGAAUAAAAGGCUGAGCACCGUUCUCAACAUCAUAAUGCUCGGCAGUGUCAUCACGGCGGCAGGCGUUGCCAUCGGCCAUAUGUGGGGGGUCAGAGAUGACUGCUGCAUGCACACUACACCGUCUGUAAACAAAAUACUAUCCAACCUCUAUAAGCUUCAAGAAGAAAACGCCUACUUACGCAACAAGCUGAAAGAAUUGACUUUGCUCAAUAAUAUAAAAUUGCAAAAAACAGCCGAUAAAGGCCUAAAACCGCCUCGUUGUAAAAAAAUGUUUGAAGCUCCGCUAAACAGCGAAAACGUGAACAAACUGACCAAAUGCCUUGAUGAAGAUAAUGAGAAGAAGUUACUGGAUAACACACAACCCCCGUAUGAGAAAGACUAUCUGCGUGAUGUAGAUAAGCUUAAAAAUGUUUACAUGCAGAAUAGAAGCUGGUUGGAUGAAGCUAUCGCAAGGAGGUUGAAAAAUGAAAAGCAACAGGCUAUAAAAGAUAAAAAGAGUUUCAGAAGCGUACUAGUCGAGGAGAAAUUACAUCAACAAAAAGGAGAAAAAACGAAGGUUUCAAUAUAAACAUCAUUCCAGAAAUUGAGAUAACAACAGUUGAUGACGACGUCAAACCUUCACAACUAAAGAAAAUCACAUACGCGGACUCACUAAGGUCAGAUAACAAGACAAAACAAACUUUCGAUAAAGAUAACUUUGAAGGUGAAGGAAUGAGGAUAAAUUACCGCAAGAAAAGACCAAAGCGAUCCAUUGUCUCACAUGAAAAAACUUUAGCAGAAGAAAGUGAGGAAGAGUUCAAAAAAGACGACAGAUAUAUGGCACCAAGGCCCAGACAGGAAAGGAAACGUGAUCGCCACCACCCGAACAAGAAGCAAAAAAGGAAAAAUAAGUAUGAAAAAUUUGAAAUCAACAACUAUAUCAACGAUGAUGAAUUCUCAGUAACUUCUUCUCAAGAAAAUGACUUCAUUCUCAAACAAGACAAGAACGACCGUAGUCGUGAUUUUGAACGAACCAUUUAUAUAGACCAGUUUGGCGAAGCUAAAGACACGAGAGCUACUCAAACUGAUGCCAAGCGCAAAGAAAAGUCCUCAAAGGGAGAGAAAUAUGACAAACCUAAAGAAAAAGAUGCUUCGUGGUAUGAGAAACGUGCCAUGCUUCGUACUGAGGCAAGAAAGAAACUAGAGCAUGAAUUAUUUGGGGACAACUCAAACAGUGGCUGGUAUUUCAAGCGCAUGCAGAAAAGAGAGCAAUGUCGCGUAAAGGGAGACAACAGUACUCACCGAAAGCACGAAAAAUCGAAGCGGGCCAUGAAUUUCAAGACCAAACGCUAGUAAAUUAAGAUUUGAUUACACUGCGAGUAUUUAAAGCAGAUUAGAAUGGUUCCAUGUAGAUUGAUGUGAUGUUGUUCGUAGAAAGUUUAAGAUCGGGCUGGUUGCUGGCUUUGAUAUUCUUCACUUCAUUCUACACUAUCUGCUGAUGUAUUAUAUUGCAUUUGCUAUUAUAAGCAUCGAGAGAUCUUUCUUAGAAAGGUGCUUACUUUGUGAAGUUAGCAGCAGAUGUAGCUGAGCGGGCAAAGUUGGCCUGUGUCAAAUAGAGAAGAGUUCCAGAGAAUGUGAGGGAAAGUGGUGCAGAUCUUUUUAUACUUUGUUCACUCAGCAAUUUGCUGCUGACUACAUUUUUAUGUGGUCAUUAUUAAGCUUUUUCAGUGCUUGUUGUUUCUUUGACAUCAAGUCAAUUCUACAUUUUAUACUAUUUCUAUCAGUGUUACUGUUACAAUAGGCUAAUAUUACUUAGUGACACCUACUGUUUACUUUUUAGCUGUUGAGCACGUAAUAUAGCUCAUUUUCACUACACAGGGGCCUAUUCGACCCGUAAAAGUGCAAGUAUGAUACGACUAAUCUACUCAAAUGUACACGAAUGGCCAAAGACUAGGCCACGCCUUACACGUGCGACUCGAAUAGCUCCCGUGGACACUAAUUGACUACUUAAUUUUAAAGUAUUUUAUUUUCUUGACAUGACUAAUGAUAGUAUUUGUGUAAAAGGGUUGACCCCUAUAAAAACACUUGAUAAAUAGUAUUAGUUUAUUUUGUAGGUAUAUAUUUACACUUGCCCUUAUGGAUUCAUACAAUCCAGUGAUAUUUAAUUUUAAGCAACUUCAAAAUUUACAGGUAUUAAUUAAAUUCGAUUAAAAAUC